UGAGAAGUUGGAGUAUUUUUGCCCUGUGUAGGAAAGAAGUGUUGCUGUUAAUUAUAUAUACAUAUAUAAAAAUAUAUAAUUAGGAGAAGUUAUGCAGGGGAAAAGAUUAUACUUCUGACUUCUGGAAUGUCAGGGAAAAGAAAGCCAUUCUGCCUCUCUCUCCCUUUUGCAUGCUUACUAUAAAAUUUGAGUGAGAUAGAUACGGGCAGUACUAAUGCAACCUGAUGGAUGUUCCUCCUUGAAUCUGGAUACAAAUAUUUGUACUUGUGAGAAUUCAGAUUUGCAAUCUGCCUAUGGUCUUGAGCUAAGAAAAAUAUUCCCAUGUAAGCAGAGGAAAUGUUGUUUGCUUGAUAAUUGACAGUCUGCUUCUGUGCUGGAUUUAGUGGGAGAAGACCAGAGUAACAGGACUCCAGUUAUAAAUUGUGUAGGAAUAUUUUGCUGAACAGCAGUUUCAGUAGAGCAAUUGACUUGUACAGCUUGAAUGCUUUUAAGUAUUUUGAAAAUGUUGGAUAUUUAUCUUAUGUUUGUGGUAAGUUUUAUGCAUUGUUCUUGUCUAACUGUAAAGAUAAGUCAUCAGUAUGGACACUGUUGUUUCUAAUUCUCCCAUAUGUGUUGUAUUUAGGGACCCUCUCAAGUAUUUGUGUGUGUUAUGGAAUAUGGCUACAUGCCAACUGGAAAAGCAACUGUUUUUCAAAAAAUAAUAAGAUUUAGAACAGUAAUAAGUGCAAUCAAACCUUGUAGAGCCUUUAGAUGUUGUUGACCAGUUUCUUAAAUUGACAAAUAGUAACUAUUUUAAAGUUACUAAUAUUUAAUAGUAAUUGAGCACAUCGAUUAUACAAAGUUUAAAAAGUAGGUCUGUUAUGAUUUCUGAAACAACAUGUCACUAAUGUUUCUAUGUCAUGAUAGUAAUACUGUUACUUUCAUCUUGUGUUGGCUGUAUUUUGGCAGUUACAUGUAAGUUAGUUUUGGUUUUUCUUGAUAAAAUCUGAGCAUUAAUAACAGUAAAUAUAUGCAUAUGCUGGAUACUUCCCCCAUCCUCAACAUCUUUAAAUUAGUCAGUAUUUCAGACAAAUGACAACUACUGUUUAAUUUAUCAGAUUUUUUAAUUAGAAUUUAGCUGUACUUAGUAGAACUGCUUAAUUUUUUAUCAUACUAUUAGAACAAUUUCAAGUAAGGUUUUGUAAAUUAUUACAAUUUGCUCAUUUUCAUUUACAAUAUGUAACUGAUAGAUGUGUCAGGGAGGAGGUGUUAUUUCAAUUGAGGAGAAUACAUGGCUGAAUGUUCACUAUAUUUUGUCUUUAAUUUCAACAGAGUGUAAGUACAGACUGUUCUGUGGCCCUGAUAUAAUGCAUAGUUUGCAUGUGUUCUGUGUUUAGGUUUAGUCUUAAAAAUGGAACGGUGCACAUCAUACAUAGGAUGUGAGAUUUCUAAAGUGCCUUUAUCUGAUACUGCUCAGAGGAUUAUGGCGGCUUUACAGUCUGUUCCUGUAGAAGUUCAGAGUAGCAGAAAAAAUAACCAGCGUAUAGAGAAGUCCAAGGAAAAUAAACUAGGUCAUAAGGAUGCACAUCUGAAAAAUGAAAAGGAGAUUAAUGAUUCCACAAUUUUCUUGUUAAAAACAUCUGCCAACCCUGAAAAAUGUACUGCUGGUCAGGUAGUCAGGACAGUACAUGCCAGUGAAAGUCUUUGCUGUCAAGAUACCAAAAUUGUGUGCUAUUACCGGGAUUUAGACUUAACAACAUGGGGAUAUCAAGAAAGAAAUCUUCCAGGAGAAGCAAAAAACCUGAAACACGGUGAAAAGAAAAUAGCUACUCCCCUUAAAAGAAAGCAAGAUGUGCCUAAAUAUUCUUCAGAGAAAGCAAGAAGAUUACCUAUAAAGACCUACACUUCUUCACAUGAAAGAAGAUACAACGUUAAUUCUGGACAAACAGAGUCUUCUAAAAAUUGUCCUUGUGAUAUCAGGAAUUUGGGAUAUGAAGAAAAAAGAGAAUUGCUUGCAACUAUAGAACAGGCAGUGGCUUUUGUAACUACUAUGAUAUUUCAUGAUGGUUCUUCACAGCUUAACUCAGAGCAGGUCUUAACCUCAUCAGUAAAAGGAGUUGUUGUCUUAGUGAAGAAUCGGACUGCUCACCCUUGCCCUCCCAGUUACUCUUCAACUGAUUAUACUUGGAAUGCUGCUAAUGAAAAUGAUAGAUUAAUUUAUUUACAAAUUGAACGGUCAUCUCUUUGGGAACAAGAACAACAGGCUCAAAAGAAAUUUGCUUGGCAAGUGUUGUUUCAAAUGCUACAUUGCAAAGUUCCAAUUAUUUGCUUCAAUGCAAAAGAUUUCCUGAGGACUCUACUUCAAGUUUAUGGUAAUGAAAUUAGCUGGAAACAAGUUGCUGGUAGUGUCGUGUUAGAUCCAAGGAUUGCAGCAUGGCUGAUAAACCCCAGCGACACAGUUCCCUCUUUUGAAUGUUUACUACAGAAGUAUUUUGAAAAGCCUUUUUCUAUGGAAACAGUAAAUACAGAUAUGGGCACUUUGAGAAAUGCAUCAUAUCAAAACUUAGGUGUGAACUUGGAGAAGCUUUAUAAUGUAAUGAUGGAUCUUGCUCAUGACUUGCAGGUUCAAGGUUUGUGGAAAUUAUUUUGCACAUUAGAACUUCCACUUAUCAAAAUUCUGGCAGUAAUGGAAACACACAAAAUACACGUGAACAAACAAGAACUGAAAAAAACAUCAGAGAUUCUGGCGUUGCGACUCAAAGAGCUUGAACAGGAAGCCCAUCAAGUUGCUGGAGAACAAUUCCUUUUGACCAGCAGUUAUCAACUCAGACAGGUACUAUUUGAAAAGUUAAAACUGCAUGCACUGUGUGAGAAAGUUCACAGAACUGAAGUACAACAACUUGUGUCCACUUCAGAAGUUGUGCUGAAUAAGUUGCAAGAGCUUCAUCCUUUGCCAAAGAUAGUUUUAGAAUACCGUCAGGUUCAUAAGAUGAAAUCAACUUAUGUGGAUGGACUACAAACAUGCAUGAGAAAGGGAUUUAUUUCCUCUACAUGGAAUCAGACAGGAACUGUGACUGGCAGGCUUUCAGCCAAAAAUCCAAACAUUCAAGGUAUCUCUAAACAUCCAGUUAGAAUUACAAGGAAACAGUACAUAAAAGGGAAAGAAGAGGAAAUAGUAACUAUUUCCCCAAGAACAUGGUUUGUUUCGAAAAAGGGAUAUACAUUACUAGCAGCAGAUUUUUCCCAUAUUGAGUUAAGGAUCCUUGCUGACUUAUCAUCUGAACCAGAACUUUUGAAACUGUUCCAAGAACCUGAAACCACUGACAUCUUUUCCACACUGGCUUCUCAGUGGAAGGGGAUUCCAAGUGAAGAAGUGAAACACACUGACAGAGAGCAAGCAAAGCGUAUAGUUUACUCGGUGGUUUAUGGAGCAGGUAAAGAACGUCUUGCUGACUGCUUGGGAAUUACUCCCCUUCAAGCCAGUCAAUUUAUAGAGAGUUUUAUGCAAAAAUACAAGAAAUUACAUGAAUUUACAAAGAAAACCAUUGAACAAUGCCGAAAAAAAGGUUAUGUGGUUUCCAUAAUGGGACGUAAAAGACCACUGGCUAAUAUCAACGCACAGGAUUACAAACUACGUACUCAAGCGGAGAGGCAGGCUGUCAAUUUUGUUGUUCAAGGAUCUGCAGCUGAUCUUUGUAAAAUGGCUAUGGUGGAGAUUUUUACCUCUGUUGUCAUUUCACCAACUUUAACAGCCAGGUUAAUUGCCCAGAUUCAUGAUGAGUUGUUGUUUGAAGUAGAAGAUUCUCAAGUUCAGGAAUUUUCAGCACUGGUAAAAAGAACAAUGGAAUCCCUGCAGCAAACCACAGCCUUGGAAGUGCCACUAAAGGUUCCGUUGAAAGUGAUUCUUACCACAGGGAAAUCAUGGGGGUGUAUGACAGAAUUGCAGGAGAUGUAGAGCAGUCAUCGGGGAUGUUAUUCAGUACCCAUACACCUCAUUGGCCUAUGCUGAUUCCUCACUGAAUCACUAGGCAACAGCGCUGCUGGAUCUUUCAUAAGCACCUAAUACUCUGCAUGUGAAUUUUUUUACUUCAUUUUGUCUGUAGCCCUAGGCAACAGCAGUGAGAUAAAACUGGUUUUUACCAGUUCAUUGUGUUUCCUUUAGCCAAGGUAACCAGCAGGGAGCUGCUUUUGUUCAGAGCUAAAUUACUACAUGUAAGAAAUGAAGCAAGACAACAUUAACCCUUUGGGAACAUGGCAAAUAUGUUUGAGUUAGAUGGAUGUUUAGACUUUAAUGUUAAAUAUUUUCUGAAGAGCUUGCGUAAAAAUACUUCUAAUCUGGCACUAUUUGAGCUGUACCAGCAAGUGCUUAACUGUUGUGUUCGGCUUAUUUUAUAUUUUGUGAGUAGAAGGCUCAGUUUGCAUCACAUAUUAAUUGUUAUGUUCCACAGACUUAAAAAAAGUUCUUUGGAAAUGAAGAGUCUCCAACUUAAUUUAUAUUUAGGAUUUUGGAGCAAAACAGGUAAACAAAACUGGGUGCCUAAAGGCAUGAAAAAUAACCAGAUUGUUGUCAAUCCAAUUAAUUUCAAACUCAGUUUAUACACUGUAGCCUUAGCGUACUUUAGAGGAAGUAGUACAGAUUUGCCUAAUCUAUUAUUUUUAUUACUGAUGUAAUGCUAAAUAUUGUUAAGAUAAAUUUGGGGAUUCAGCCUUAUACUUUUUAGUAUUCAGGUUUCUACUUUAAUGUUUGGAUUUGUUACUGAUAUACGGGUUUUCUGUAGAAUUUAUUCUUUAAAUGGGUUUGUUUCAUAACAUUACUGGUUGCCAAAUUCUGCCUCCAUGCUUGUGGAAUAUGAGACUGUCCUCCAAAAAAGUCUACUUGUUAUUUAGAAGCUGAAGUCAAGCACAAAACUUUUAAGCAGUGUUCAGUAUCUUUCAGCAUGAGACCUCAAAUUAUCAAAGUAAUAUAAUUUAAAUUUUAAAAGUCUAUUGUUACAGAGAUUUUGCAGCAGUUUAAAGUUGUAUCAUUGAACAAUUCUACGUUGCACUUAAAAGCACUGAACUAUUAAACAUUGUUUUUCUUAUGUUGCAUAUUAAUAACAUGUAACCUGCCAGCUCAAAUGAGCCAGUCAGCUCUUAAAAUUAGUUCUUAGCAGUGGUCAUGCAAGCAAAGUCAGAACCUUCUACAUAUUAAUUGGUAGUCAGCUGUUCAGUUGGGGGAGAGUCCAGCCUGCAUGGCUGUGACACUGCACCAGGUCAUGCGAGCAGAGGGUCUGAUUCCACCUUUCCAACAGAGAAGAGAUUGUACAAAUUUUCUUCUGCUUUUUGCCAUUUUCAAGCCUUCUGUGUUUGCAGUGGCAUUGAAUAAGUGUGAAAUGUUCUACUCUCUCAUCUGUUUCACUCCUCUUGAGGACCUGCUGUUUUCAGGGGGCCUGUACUAAUUAAGCCUUGCUUCUCGAAGGCUACAUUGCUAACCUUUCUACUAUAUGAAAGAAAUCAACAUUUCUGUACAUUUCCCAGCUGAUUUCAACUUUGUGUAUGUUUCUUUGGAUGCAGAUAGAGAAGCGUAUUUUUUCAAGGCCUGAGCAAUACUAGGCAUACCUUUCAGCCUACCAAAAACCAGAGACACAUUUAAGGACAUGGAGAAUCUCGAUCAUGUCCAGUGAAUUGACUUCUGUUCAAAUAUGAAGCUACAGAAAUGCAGAGGUCACCAUACAGAACAAAUUUUCAAACACAGCCCGUCACAGAAGACUGCCAGUCACAGUUCCCCAGACACAUGCACUUUGUAUAGAUCGUCAUACAGUAGGCAAAGUUAAUAUUUUGUUCUCCUUGUGUUGCAGAGAAGAACUGCGAGCUCCUCUGGGCACCAGGUUUACGCCUUCUACUUUUACAACUUUUCUUUCUGGUUUUAAAUUUACAAAGAGUCAGCUAACAAAAGGACGAGAACCAAGCAAUAAGGGCAUCGCUUUAUCACAUGUGACUGAGGGCUCAUUCUGCAUACACUGGUGUGAGAGCAAAAGGCAAACUGGCAUAAUUUUUAAGGAUUGGUGAUGACCAAGAUCUCAAGACUUGGUGCAGUUUGUGUCCCCACAACUUACAGGAUGAGUACCAUGAAUUCAGGUUAUCUUUCCAGUGCUACAGAUUCUUCAGUAAAGAAAAUGUGUUUUCUUCUAAUUGCAGCCUGUCAGUGAAUUACCGUAUAUAGAUUUCUGGCGUAGCUAGGUGAGGACCAGAGCUCUUUGGUGUACGUACAACCAGUAUCUGCUGUACUAUGAAUUACAAAUACUGUGACAUGUUCUCUAAUCUUUAGGUUCUGUUCUGCUUGGAUAGCCAGGUGAGUAUCUAGUCUUCUCUCUCUGCCCUGUGCUACUGUGUUAAGGUAUAGAUUCUGUGGAUUAUUAGAUUUCUGAGACCUCUCUGAAAUGCUUUGGCUUCAAAGUUCCUUAGUUUUUAA